AUGUCAUUCUUAAAGAAGAAGACAUCGUCAAUUAUAUUUGGCGUCAUUAUGUGUGUACUGAUGGUGGUGUUACUACUGGAGUUACUACAGAAUAAUACACAGUACGAUAAGACACAGCAACAGAAACAGCAGCAGCAACAAAAGCAAAAGCAGAAUCAGAUGAGAUCAGAGAUUGGCUUUGGUGAGAGCAAGUUGGAACAAUACGAUAUAGAGUCUGUCGUCGGUAAAUUGAUUAUCGAUGAUGAAGGUAGUGUCAAUGCCGACGUCGACGAGGACCUAGAUGAGAAUAUGAAGGACAGACGAGAGGACAUGUGCUACGAGGAGAAGGUUUGCGAAGCCGAUGAUUAUAAGGAUGAUGUCGAAGGUCUGCCGUCAGAUCAGACGCAGUCAAGUCCAGAUCCAGCGCAACAAAAAGUUGGCACGGCAACACAGGACGCUGGUGCCGAUGACAAAGACGACGAUGACAACACGUCAACAGAGUCUGAGUAUCGUAGGAUACCAAGGCGCAAGUAA